AUGAAGCAACUGAUGGGAGUCGAGGUUCAUCGAGAGCCAACUAUUCCGGUCAAGACUAAAGAAAUUUUGGAGAUGUUGGUGGAGAACGACCGAGUUCCAAAGAGCACUAGCGUUCUUGCAAUCACGGAGAACGUGAAAGACAGACUCAUCCGCCUGGCCAUAAAUUUCGCAGAUAGAGCCGUUAGUAAGAAGCCAGUGCUUUAUGCUGGUCCGGUCGUGUUGGAAUCGCCGAAGACGACGUUGGAAGAACAAUGGGAAAAGUUAUUAAGCCGAUUCGGAGCGGGGACUGUGAUAUUCUGUGCCUUCAGAAGCUCGUUGGUAGAGGGUAUGGUGAAUGAUUGUCAACUGGUGCUGUUACCCCACUUCGGGGACCAAAUAAUUAACGCGAGAUUGAUGGCUCGAGACUUGAGAACUGGAGUGGAGGUUGAGAAAGGCGAAGAGAAUGGGCUGUUUACAAAGGAUGAUAUUUGCAGGGCGGUGAAGACUGUAAUGGACGACGGUAAUGAGUUGGGGAAAGAGACGAGGUCACGAGGGCUAACCAUGCUAAAUGGAAAGAGUUUCUUCUAG